UCGCGGCUCCGCUAUAAAACCCGGGACCGCAUGAUCGCGGCAUCCUCAGCAGGCUCCUGGGAGCUUGACCCCCGGCUCCGCGGCGUCCUUGCUCGGUCGCGAUGCUGCUGCUGCUCGCGCUCCUGGCCCUGGCCGCGGACGGAGCCUCGGCCACUGAAGAUUUACACUGGUGCUACCAGGUUCAAGCCCAGGCCUCCAACUGCUUGGGGCCAGCCAAUUGGGGUGAACACUGCCAGCAGAGCCGCCAGUCCCCCAUCGACAUCGUGACCAACAAGGCGAAGGCGAACGAAAACCUGAGACCCUUUUCCUUCUCUGGCUACGAUAAAAAGCUAGAGUGGACCGUGCAAAACAACGGGCACACAGUGGUCAUGUCGCCAACGACAAAUGGGAUUGAGAUCGCAAUUGCUGGAGGAGGGCUGUCUGCUCGGUACCAGGUCACACAAUUCCACCUGCACUGGUCUAGGGUGAUGAAUGCAGGCUCAGAGCACAGCAUCAAUGGGAAGCGCUUUGCCAUGGAGAUGCACAUAGUACAUCAGAAAGAGAAGGGGACAUCAGGGAACAAUAAUAACACCCAGAACCCUGGAAACGAUAUCGCAGUGCUGGGCUUCCUGGUGACGCCUGGACCUAAGGUGAAUGAUGGCUUCCGGCCGCUGGUGGAGGCACUGUCUAAAAUUCCCACACCUGAGAUGAGUACCACCAUAGGAGGGAUCAGCCUGAUGAACUUUCUCCCCACGGAGGAGAAACUGAAGCGCUACUUCCGCUACCGUGGCUCACUCACCACGCCAUCCUGCAACGAGACGGUUGUCUGGACUGUGUUUGAGGAGCCCAUUGAGCUGCACACAGACCAGAUCCUGGCGUUCUCCGAUAAGCUGUUCUACGACACUGAACGAAGACUGAAAAUGACAGACAAUGUCCGGCCUGUGCAGGCCCUUGGUCAGCGCACAGUGUUCAAGUCGCAGGCCCCAGGCCAGCUGCUACCCUUGCCUCUGCCCGCACUGCUGGUCCCCACGCUCACCUGCCUGGCGGCCGGCUUCCUCUGGUGACGGCUCACUUCUGCACAUGCUGGGCUCAGCCCUUGGACGUUUGGGCUUCCUUCCGUUCCUUAGGCUUCCCAGGUUGAACUUUAGGCAUGAUUAAAAUAUGUAUAUAUUUUUGGAGAAACUUU